UGUGAAUUCGUGACUGGAAAGAGCUACAGCGCGUUUCAGCGCGAGGUAACGUUUACGCCAGUCAAAUUCAAUGUCACGGGUGACAUGAUUGCUAAUAAUAUCUCGGUCACAAGGGUUCGCGGAGAUGCACAACGGCAACAUGACAUAGAUUUCACUCGAGGGUUGGUCAAUGUCUCAUUUCAUGGUGUCAGCUUUCCAUCACGAACCCUGACAACACUAUACACUUCUGCCCUUGGGGACUCGUUCCUCCGGAAUAUGGUAAAAAAUGAUUAGAAGUGCAAUGCCACACGGAUGGCAUUGCUCCAGAUGCUAUUGCUGGUAUCGAAGAAGACUCGAGUUGCUACUUGACCAUUUCC